AUGUCAGAUUCCAACACAACCGACUUCACCAACCCCUCCACCUUCAUCUUGCUGGGCGUUCCUGGCCUGGAGAGGGCCCAUGUCUGGAUCUCCAUCCCCUUCUGCACCAUGUAUGUCAUAGCCAUCUUGGGGAACUUCACCAUCCUGUUCACCGUGAAGACAGACCCGAGUCUCCAUGGGCCCAUGUACUAUUUCCUUUGCAUGCUGGCCAUCACUGACCUGGUGGUAUCUACAUCCAUCCUGCCCAAAAUGCUGGCAAUAUACUGGUUCAGUUCCAGGGAGAUCGAUUUCAGUGCCUGCCUCACCCAGAUGUACUUCAUUCACUGCUUCUCAGUGAUGGAGUCUGGGAUCUUCGUGGCCAUGGCUUUGGAUCGCUACGUGGCCAUCUGUGAUCCCCUGAGACAUUCCACCAUCCUGACAAACCCUGUGGUGGCCAAGAUUGGCCUGGCCGUGAUGCUGCGCAGCGGUUUGCUUGCAUUGCCCUUUCCUUUCCUGGCAAGUCAAUGGCCAUAUUGCAGAACCAACAUCAUCCCUCAGCAGUAUUGCAUACACAUGGCCAUGGUGAAGUUGGCCUGCGCCGACACCCGUGCCAGUAGUUAUUAUGGGCUUUUUGUGGUAUUCUGUGUGAUUGGUCUGGAUGUGUUUUUUAUCGCUGUGUCCUAUACCCAGAUCCUCAGGGCCAUCUUCAGCCUCUCGACAAAGGACGCCCGGCUCAAGACUUUUGGGACCUGCAGCUCCCACCUCAGUGCCAUCUUAGCCUUCUACAUCCCAUGUCUCUUCUCCGCCCUCAUGCACCGGUUUGGCCACAAUUUGCCCCUGCAUUUCCACGUUCUUAUUGCCAAUGUGUACCUCCUGCUGCCCCCCAUGCUAAACCCCGUCAUCUACGGGGUGAGGACCAAACAGAUCCGGGACAGGCUGCUCCGGCUCUUUACUCAUAAAGGGACGUAA